AUGCUCAAUUUCACCGAUGUGACAGAGUUUAUUCUUUUGGGAUUAACCAGUCAUCAGGAAUGGCAGUUUCUGUUCUUCGUCAUUUUUCUUGCGGUCUAUAUUGUCACCGUGGUGGGCAACAUUGGCAUGAUUAUGUUAAUUAAGAUCAGUCCACAGCUUAACAGCCCCAUGUACUUUUUUCUCAGUCAUUUGUCAUUUGUUGAUGUGUGGUUUUCCUCCAAUGUCACCCCUAAAAUGCUGGAAAAUCUGUUAUCAGAGACAAAAACUAUUUCCUAUGCUGGUUGUUUGGUGCAAUGUUUCUUUUUCAUUGCCCUUGUCCAUGUAGAAAUUUUUAUUCUUGCUGUGAUGGCCUUUGAUAGGUAUAUGGCAAUUGGGAACCCUCUGCUCUAUGACAGCAAAAUGUCUAGAGCUGUCUGUAUUCGACUGAUUUCUUUCCCUUACAUAUAUGGUUUUCUGACUAGUCUGGCAGCAACCCUCUGGACAUACGGCUUGUACUUUUGUGGGAGAAUUGAGAUCAACCACUUCUACUGUGCAGACCCACCUCUCAUCAAAAUGGCGUGCGCUGGGACCUUCGUAAAAGAAUAUACGAUGAUAAUGCCAAAUUUCACGGAUGUGACAGAAUUUGUUCUUCUGGGCUUGGCCAGUCGUUAGGAAUUUCAAGUUCUCUUUUUUGUGAUAUUCCUAGUAGUUUACAUGAUCACUCUUUUAGGGAACGUUGGCAUGAUCAUUCUGAUCAGCAUCAGUCCUCAGCUUCAGAGCCCUAUGUACUUUUUCUUGAGCCAUUUGUCUUUUGUCGAUGUGUGGUUCUCUUCCAAUGUCACCCCCAAAAUGCUGGAAAAUUUAUUAUCAGAGACAAAAACUAUUUCCUAUGUGGGGUGUUUGGUGCAGUGCUACUUUUUCAUUGCCCUUGUCCACGUGGAGGUCUAUAUCUUGGCAGUGAUGGCCUUUGAUCACUACAUGGCCAUCUGCAAGCCUUUGCUUUAUGGCAGUAGAAUGUCCAGGAUUGUCUGUGUUCGACUUAUCUCUGUGCCUUAUGUCUAUGGAUUCUCUGUUAGCUUAAUAUGUACCCUCUGGACAUAUGGAUUGUACUUCUGUGGAAACUUUGAAAUCAACCACUUCUAUUGUGCAGACCCUCCUCUCAUCAAGAUUGCCUGGGGGGGGGUCCACAUCAAAGAAUACACGAUGAUUGUAAUUGCUGGAAUAAACUUCACAUAUUCUCUCUCUGUGGUCCUCACGUCCUACACCCUCAUUGUAGUCACCGUGCUACGGAUGCACUCUGCUGAGGGCAGGAAGAAGGCGUUCUCCACCUGUGGGUCCCACUUGACAGCUAUGACCCUGUUUUAUGGGACUCUUAUAUUCAUGUACCUCAGGCGUCCCACUGAAGAGUCCGUGGAGCAGGGGAAAAUGGUGGCCGUGUUCUAUACCACAGUGAUCCCCAUGCUGAAUCCCAUGAUCUACAGUCUGAGGAACAAGGAUGUGAGAGAGGCAGUCAACAAAGCAAUUGCCAAGGCAAAUGUGGGGCAGUGA